AUGGAAGAAUCAAGUUAAUCUACUUUAUAGCCAUAAGAUGUUGAGCCUAACAAGAAAUUCGAUUAUUUGAUGCAACAAAUGGUUGACUAUAAUGCAAAAAUUCCUCCUAUCCUAGUAUAAAAGAUACUUGAAGAAGUAGGAUUUGAAAGUACUGAUGAAUCAACUUAUAAAAUGAUUGGCAUGCUAACAGACAAGUUUUUAGAUGAAGUAAUUAACUAAAUUCAUUAAUCAAGAUAUGUUCAGAUGGAUAAAAGAAGUAAAAAAGAUAAAAAAAAUAAUAAAGACGAAUAUUCAAAACUUUUAACUUACGAUUUGAUAAACUAAUUGAGGUAAUACGGAUUAAAUAUUUGUGAACCAUAUGCUUAGCCUCAACAUAAUCUUACUAAGAAAGAAGAAAAAUGA